AAUCCAAAACCUGGAAUUUAUUCUAUGGACUUGUAAUUUGGACUAAAAGCUUAUAGCAUAUAUUUAUGUGGAUAAUAAUUUUCACUAUGCAAAAGAAUUUUUAUGAGUGAUUUGUAAUCGUUUCUCGUGUACGAAUAUUUAAUGGAAAAUUACAGUCAGUACAUACAAAACAUAUGAGCGCUUAGCAGUUGAUGACUUUAUUAUCAACUUUUAAUUAAAAGUAUUAACAUGACGUUAAUAUACCUGCUUACAUUUUUACGUUGUGCAUCUUUAAUAUUAGAGAACUCUGCAAAUUCCAGACUUAUCCAUACAAGCAUAUUAAGCGCGUAAUAACGCGCUAUUAAAGUUACUUUUACUCGCUAGAAAUAAAAUUCUCAUUCGAGAGACUUUUAUUUAUCAAUUUUCAUACCGUUUUUAUGUUAACAAUAAACUAUUAUUAUUGCAGGCAUGAUCGUUAUCUUCUCCUAAUUGGGUUUCGUUCGCUCGUAUACUCAGCGUUAGUCCUCCAACCUCGCGUCGCGUAUCUAUCACUAGGUAUUACACAGUAAAAACUAGAUUUGAUGUCUUGUCGACUGGAAUGUAAGGAAAAAACUCAAAAACCAGCGCAUAAAAUUCCCGCAGUUAAAAUUCCUUCCCAACGACGUUUACGCCUCGAGGAGCGAAAAGAUACUCUUCCACACGACGUGUUUAAAAUCGCGGAAUGUCGUAGUACCAUCCCCUGGGCGGAAUCUCGACAUGCGCCCUGAUGAGAAUACGACGCCCAUCCGUUCUUGGUGGUUCGGCACACACCUCCCCAUUCGGGGGUCUCCAAUGAUCAUUAAUGCGAUCAGCGCCAAUGGCAUGCUGGUAACCGUCCAGGAGCAUCCAUCCAGGAGCAGCAGUGGUCACGAUCCGGCAUUGCGAACGGUGAACUGGAGGAACGAGGGGCGGAGCUAGCCAUGGUAAGGGGCGGAGAAAUACCAGGUUGGACGCGCCACACGAUGCCGUGGUGGCAUGUGCGGUUGUGCCUUAAGCGAGACAAGGAACACAAGCAUGGGGUGCAGGAAAUGCAGACUGUAGAGAAAGACAGAGCUUUCCAGACCCCGAAAUCGGUCGAGUCGUCCCGCAGCGAAUCCUUGCUUUCAGUCCUGCUGUGAACGCAGCGACGUGCGUUACGGAUACGUUUUACUUGACGACGCGGAAUAGAGGUAAACAACUUCCGUUCUAGUUUGCUUCUGCGAGACGAAUUCCGAUCUACCGGAAAUCUCGGGCUCUCGAUUGACGAACGUUAUUUGACGAAAAUAAUUUCGCAAGUAUGCAUGAGUACGCAAGAACGUGCGGGCAUACCCCACAGCCAGUGCCGGAGUGCAAGAACAAUUAUUCGGAUGUAAUGUACUAUUGCAGUGGAAGCUCGUUGAAAGUGUGUUCGCACAAAGUGCAAUAAGAGGCAAUGUAUAUAAGAUUCAUUUACGUAAUAUCGUAGAAAAUAAAUUGCGCGGAUAUUUACCAUAUAAAAAAUAUACUUAUAGCGACUUGAAGUCAUUAUUAUUAAGUUAUUAUCAUUAUUAUAAAUAUACGAUAUUAUAAGUUAAUCAUUAGCAUACAGUACAUAUUAACAUUGCACAUAGAAACUCUUUUGAAAAGAGACUCAACGAACGUGGGACUAGUGAAUCUCGAUUCAAGUGGAUUGUGUGCGGGUUGUGUUUUCCUGAUACAAGAGUUGUGAACCACGUGACUUUGCUAAGCAACUAAAGCACUGCAGCAGCACUUGACUCUCAUCUCUGGAGACAGAGAAUUCAACAAGUAUCUGUGAUAUUCGAAGCACCCGCGUAGUGUCUGCGAGACAUUGUUGUUCCUUGUGCAUAGAUAAUUCAGACAAACUUGGUACUUCUUUUGCAUAGCGAACUUUAGUGCAAGUCGCGAUCAUGUCGAUCCCUUUCAUAGACAGUGGGUCGACUCACUCGCAUCACCUCGCCAAUCUGGGCAUCAAGCUUUCCCCAGGAGGCGGCGGAGCGAUUGGCGGAUCGGCAAACAUCGGUGCGGGGAUGCAACUACCCCCUGGAACAGAAGCUUCCUCGCAACAACAUCACCACUUCCACCAUCAGGGUUAUCCACCGCAUCAUCCGCACGCGCCUACCCACAUGCCUCACAUGAGCCAUCACAUGGGUCAUCCGGGUUACCCAACGCGUGACUUUAUCCUACGGAGAGAAGAGUACAACACGGUGAGUCCAACCACCCCCGAGGGCGGGCUAGGCUUGUUCUCACCGCUCCAUCACGAUGGCACGACGAUGCAGCAAUUUCCUCAUCAUCCGAGUCAACAUGCACUGGCCGGCCACUAUACUGGACAAUAUCCCCAGGACACUAGGCUUCCACCUCAUCAUCAGUACCUCAGCUCGCCUCACCUAGCGCCAGCGUCUAUCCACCAGCAGCAUCCAACAGUGACUCAUGCAAGUCACCAAGGCGCCUUUUUCAGGUAUAUGAGGACCAACAGCGCUGGCGGUCCUGCUGCGGCCAUCGGUACCGUCGGCAGCGGUCAGCGCAAAGAGAUGUCCUGCAUGUGGGUAGACCCGGAUGCACCCGGAAGUGCAGCGAAAAUCUGCAGCAAAGUGUUUACUACCCUCAAUGACAUUGUGGCACAUCUCACGGUAGAUCACGUGGGUGGACCCGAGUGCACGACGCACGCCUGCUUCUGGCAGGGUUGCCCGCGAAACGGUAGGGCCUUCAAGGCCAAGUAUAAACUUGUCAAUCAUAUAAGAGUACACACUGGCGAGAAGCCAUUUGCUUGUCCGUAUACCUCGUGCGGAAAAGUAUUUGCCAGAUCGGAAAAUCUCAAGAUACACAAACGGACGCAUACCGGCGAGAAGCCUUUUAAGUGUGAAUACGAUGGCUGUGAGAGGCGGUUCGCGAACAGCAGCGACCGUAAGAAGCAUAGCCACGUUCACACAUCAGACAAACCUUACAAUUGUCGAAUAAACGGCUGUGAGAAAUCUUACACUCAUCCCAGUUCGCUGCGCAAACACAUGAAGGUGCAUGGUGUGACAGGGAAUGAGGGUAAAAUGGGUCCAUACGAGAGCGAGAGUGAAGAGAGCAACAGCAGCGCCAGUGGUAGCGUCAGCCUGUCGGUAACUGGGAACACAGAAUCACCCCAACCAACUCCGAUCGUCCCGACGACGACGACGGCUAACCUACCUCCAACGAGUCACCCUUCAACACGUGCACCGGACUUGGAAUGGUAUGUUUGCCAACCGUCGACGGUGGGACCUCAACCUGGAACCCUGUCGACGUCCUUGCCGGGUCCGCCGCCACCGCAUCAUCUCAGUCACCACUUCAACCAUCAGCUGAUGCACCAUCAAGCUGCCUAUUAACAACAGGAUAUCGAGAGCGGGACGGACAGGAAGAGCUUUCUGAAAUUGUCUCUUUAUAUAAGCGACCACACGAAUACCUCACCGAAGACGAAUACGAUUCCAUGUAAUCCACGAGGAAUCAUUCAAGUGACAAUCAUUCGAAUCGUCAGAGGUAAGUGUUCGGAAGCGUGUUCGAGUGUCUCAUCGCGUGAGUGUUACAAAUGUUAGUGAAUAAGUAUCAAUGCCAGGCGCACUCCAUGAUGAAAUUUUAUGUUUGAGAUAGUAUUGUCGCGAAUAAAUGUAGCUUGUUGAGAGUAUUACCGAGAAUAGCUGAGCACAACGAAGCAAAAUUCAAUGCGCAUGUUGAUUAAACUUCAAUCAAAUGAUUUGAACGAAUUCAUGGUUAUUAUUGAAAGAAAUCAAAUGUGACAACAUACUAUGAAUCUCUUUUUCGACAUUUUUGAAGUAUGAAAAUAAAAAAAUAAAAGUAUCGGCAUAUAAUAGCAAAUUUAAAUAAAUAAUUGUCUGGGGAAACAAUGGUACUUUCGAUCGACAAUAUUAUUUGUAAAGACAUUAUUUUGGGUAAAUUGUUUGAUACAUCUUGUCAUCGACAAAUUGAAAGUAAAUGUACAAAUAGAUAUUUGUAUAAUGUGACAAUUCCGUAAAAUUUCAGAUAAUUCUAUAAAGUCUUCUUUAAUAAUAUGGAUUAGAGAAUGGAUUCUUCAACAACGAAACGUUUACAUUCGUGGAAAAAUAGAAAUAAAAGAAUAAUCGAGUAAUUCAUUGUAUAAUUGCGGGCAAUUGCGGAAAGAAAUUUAUAAUAUUGCAUAAUAUGGUCAAUAUAUACCGGUCAAUAUAUAAUCAUGGCUAAAUAUCGAUGGGAUACUUUCAAAAGUAAAAAAAUUGGAAGAUUAUAUAAAUAUUAAUUUAACAAGGCUUUUAUAUGCCUAUUUUCAUAAAUGCUUACAAAAGUUGUACCGUGAUGAUUUUGUCGAGAUAAAGUGCGACGAUGUGAGAUAUGUCUCCAUCUAGUCUGAAUUUAAUUUAAAAAAAUGACUCUAAUUGCGAAAAAGUCAUUAUAUUUUAAGUCAUUAACUGUCAACAAAAUAUCUGAUCGUGUGCAUUUAACGCAUGAAAAGUAAUCAGACCACAAAGAUACCAAAGUACACUUAUAUUUGGUUAUCAUUAGUCGGAUUUUAUCACAACAAAAAACUUCACUUCAAAAAUGUCUGAGACGGUCACAAGAGUGUAUAUAUGCGAAAGUAUCAAUGAUGAAUUUAUGAUUGAUGUGCUUAGUUUUUAUCGUAACUAUCAAAAUUUAAUUAGCCGUUGUUAAAUAAAUACAUUUCCUAAAUUAAAUAAAUAAAUACACUUCUUUCAUAAAAGAUUUUCAUAAAAUAACCAUGGAAGUAUUAUGUCUUAUCUUUCCUUAACAUACAUGUAUGUUAUUUACAGAAACCAAUCGACAGAUUUUAUGUCAACUUCAUAUUAUCUUCAGGGACGAUACUCUUAUACAAGUACAAGUGAAAAUAAUUAAUGACUUGAAUAAUAGAUUCGGUUCUGCAAAUACUCAAGUCGAUACAGCAGUUAUUACAAGCAUUAAGUUUGCAAAUCGCAUAUUACCUUUAUGGUCAAUCUACGAGGUACGGUAACAAAGUGAUUCUGUUACUUACUGGAAAAUAAUAUCGGUUUAUAUCGAUUCGUUGUUUUCCUAAUUUUUUCAUUCCAAUUUUUUCUUGGUCUUUCUCUUUUUUUUAGUACUGGGAGCUAAUAAAUAAUAAUAUCUGACUCUCGAUUUGAAAAUAUUGGAAAAAUUCAAAAAAUCACAAAUCUGUAACACGAAUGUACAAUACGCGUUUAUUUAUAAAUUUUUCAUCAGAAAUUUACAAACUGACCAUGCAUGUGAAUGCAUUUACGCAUUAGUAUCUGCACUAGCAACUUCAAACUCGGAUUAAAAGAAGAGAGAUAUAAUUAACAUUUGGUAACGAUAUCCAUGCCGCAGCGUUGCCUCUUCUAGUGCAAUAAAAUGAAUCCUAUUACUUUGUGUUCGUACCUCGUAUUAUAUAAAUUUAUCAUCCGUUUCUUUAGUGAUUCGAAUAACUAUUUUUUUGUGAUAGAAAUUGUGCGUAUCAUUGUACUGUAUAUUGCAUGGAUGGUUGAGUGUUUGAUUGAGUGCAAUGUGUGAGUGAAUGUUGUCCAUACGAGUAACAUCUGCAUUUCAAAUACAAUUGUACAUAAAUUAAUUUUAAAAUCGAUUCCUUCCAAUUGAUUUGGAAGUCGUUGUUUCACCUUAAUAUCGUGAAUAAUUUCUGGAUAAUAUGCUUUCUUUUUGAAAGACUGAAUACUUAUGGAACAUGUAUGUCCUCGCUGAAUUCUGGUCACAUCCUGUUUUAAUUGUAAAUUAUUUGUAAGGAUGUACACGCUUCUCGAACAAUUCGAAAUCGUUUCCUUGCGCUAUACGACAAAGUAUACAAAAAAGCUUGUCUCUCAGGACAAUCAUGUUUUUUGGUGUAUUAUUCUUAUCUAUUAUUUCGACCUAUUAUUUUGUAUUGAUUCACUGCAAAUUUCGUGCGGAAUUGUUUGCAAUUACAACUAUCAUAAAUUCGACGCUUUGUAAAUUGAAGCAUCACGCGUUUUUCAUCUGCGCGUGAAGUUUCUUUGAAAAGUAUAGUGCGAUGCGUAAUUUGUGAUGUGCACGUUAUAUAUUGGCAUAAAUGGCCUUCACACACGCAAAACAGACCAGUUUGUGCGCUUGUAUAGAAUUGCAAGACCUUCACUCAGAACUCUUAAUUUCCUGACGCUGCAAUGGAGCAGCACAAUGUACUGUAAUACAAGGUAACAGAUCGAGACAUACGAAAAGAUACGAAUCACGCUCGUGCCUCAAUUUAUUAAUCGCCAAGUAAUAGUGCGAGUCACAAAGCCAUUUGUCCGUUUAUGAAUUAAUAAUUCCUCAUCUGCGCUUGUCGUAUACUCGCAUCUAGCGUUAGGGAACGUUUGUAGUGUUAGCGAGAAAAAGAGACUUGGCGAGACUUAUAUGUGUAUAUAAUGUUAAUAUAAAAUAAGAGUGGUUAUACUGGCUUUAUAAAAUUAAUUCACAAUAAACUAAGUUUAAACUAGUGUAAAUGUUAUUGUGAUAAUUAUAAUUAUCGUUAUGUAUAUGCUUAUUACGUUAGUGUAGAAAAUAAAUAUCAUUUAUUGAACAAAA